AUGCCUAGAGCCUCGGGCUUGCCGUUCCUCAACCUGUCGCCCAAAAAUGAAGAGUUCAAUGGCCUGACGCCUGCAACGUUGAGUCCCCGUUCGACGGGAUCGCCUCAAACUCCCGCUUCUGUUCCCGGUUCGCCAAUGCUUCAGCAACCACCGACGCCGUCUGUCAUGAAUCCUCUCUCAGCAUCCUCUCACAAUGGAGAUGGCAACCACCGAACUGGUUCAACCUCCCCUCGAAUUACAGCCAUGCCAGAAUUCCCUCCGUCGCCUGGCCCGCUACCGCAGUCCCCGAAGCACGGUCGUGAGCCAUCUAAGGGUUUCUUCUCUAAUCUGAUGGCUUCAAAGUCCUCGCACAAAAUACAAUCCUCUGAGGCAAGCAUCCCAGAAACGAGUGAAAAACCAACUGGAAGAAGUCGCACGAGCUCCAAAGACCGAUCUUUGCAGUCCGUAAAGAAACAAGGCUCGACUCCAGACUUGCCGAAGAUGGCAGGGGGUACUGCUUCGGUCGCUGAGCAUACCACAGCCCAGCCGGAAUCAUUCAAUCAACAGACAUCCACAGAUUUUGCGCAAGGCCACAAGAAGGGAAAAUCAAAGUUCGGUGGCAUUCUGAACAGGACAAAGACCACAAAGCCAGACGACGUCGGAUCGAAAUCGAGAGGCGUGGUUCCUGGUCAGCUACAUGUUGAAACGGCAAACAGUAAUAGUGAUAGGUUUGAAGGUUCGCCAAAGACAGCUCCCAUCAAAGCCGACCAUCGUGAUAGAGCUUUUGGACAAGAGAGAGGCCAUGCCACGAGAAACCAUUCGGCAGAUCGCCAUGUCAGGGAAGAAAUGAACAUGGCAAGGAAAGAACGUCAAGUUGGCAACGCACCUGUCUCUUCAUCCUUGAGAGAGGGUGCCACCCUUCAGCUGCUGUCGAACAUCCACCAAACUAGCAAAGGUAUGGGUGAUCGCCUGGGUAAAGCUGGCAAGGGCUUCUUUGGCAAGAUCGCGAGGAGCGGCAGCAGCAAUGAGCGUGAAGUAAUCACGGAUGACAAUUAUGUCUGUACCACCAUCAACUUGCCACUGGUCAAGCAAACUCGCAAAACUAGAAUCGCUCGACGCCUUGAGCUCUCGAAAGACAAGACAGAGUUUUGGAUGCCAGCUUUGCCAUGGCGAUGUAUUGACUAUCUGAACAUGAAUGGGUCAGAGGAGGAGGGUCUGUACCGCAUCCCGGGAAGCGGCAAAGAGGUGAAACAUUGGCAACGGCGUUUCGAUACUGAAUACGACAUCAAUCUCUUCGAUGAACCAGACUUGUACGAUAUCAACACCAUUGGCUCCAUGUUCAAAUCAUGGUUACGAGAACUUCCUGACGAGAUUCUACCCAAAACGGUCCAGAAUAAGGUGGCUACUGAAUGCGCUGGUGCUACCUCCGCGCCCCAACUCCUGAAAGACGAACUUUCCAAGCUGCCUCCUUUCAAUUACUACCUCCUCUUUGCCAUUACCUGUCAUCUCAGUCUGCUUCACAGCUACGCCGACAAGAACAAAAUGGACUAUCGCAAUCUGUGCAUCUGUUUCCAACCAUGUCUCAAAAUCGACGCCUUCUGUUUCCAGUUCCUCGUAAUGGACUGGAAGAACUGUUGGCAGGGAUGCUGGACCGAGAAAGAGUAUCUCGAAGAAGAAUACCGCCAUGAGCGAGAAGGAUCGGCCGGCGACAGCGAAGAUUUGGCGGUUGACGACAGGGCUCUUUCAUCCAGCGGUAGCAGCCAGCCACCAACUGCACCGGUUCCACCUCGAAGUGCUGACGCUGCUACUCAACGUAAAUCUAUGGCUCCAAAAGCCAAGCAACGGAGUCUAUCCUCGGACGCUCGGUCUAGAGACAGGUCCAACAGUGGACAUGCAGCGACACAGAGCGUGCCUGCUGUACCCAGAAUGGUGACUCCAGAACCUCCCAAAGUUUCACUGGAUCAAAAACUGCCUGAGUUGACAGGCCUGUCGCCUAUCAGGAUGUAA